CCUAGUAUCCAUUUCAUUACUUAAUUCUGAGAUCACCGUAUUUGGUUGCUGGAUGUCUGUUUUUUUGAACUGGAUUGCCCAUGCAUGUUUGGGACCAUUUUUUGCCACACUUAGGUGUAUAGACUAGUGCCUUCACUUCUCUGCAUUUAUGAUGAAAAGAGGAUUAGUUCUUUGAAUGAACUCAACCUGUGGACCUCAAAUAUGAAUUAGUUAUGUUUUGCAUACUGCCAUAUGGAACCCAGCAUGAAUAUGUAACAAUUGGGUCUGGGUAACAGUAUUACCCUAGCAACUUAUCAGUACAUUAUAAUGGGUGAUAAUGAACUUCGCUCCAUUUGGCCAUGUCAUUUAAUUGCUACUACCUUAAGUAGAACACCAUUAUUUCUCUAUUUUAAGCGGGAUAUUCUAUCGUUUUCUAAAUGCUAAAACUUAUACAUCAUCUUGCAUUUCUCUUUCUGUACUGUAGGUCAAACAAGUUCAUUCAUUCCAUUAGUUAUAAACAAGAUCAUUGUUGAAUCAAAAGAGAAAUAAGGUCGCUCUCCAAUUGAAGACCAAAAACAGGGCACUCUGAUUUGUUGUACAGGAUAAAGGUUUGCUGGGAUAGUUUCUGCCCAUUGGAGUACUAGUUGGUGUUAUACCCCGAAAGGAGUUUCUUGUAAAUUUUCUGGUGUAUUGUAUUUGUGACUUUGUUAUUCCCCUGGCAUUGGCAAUAAUGUCAGAAAGUGAAUUGGCAGUAAUAAAGCCAGAGGCGCUGAAGAGUUAUAUUUGGCUUCAGUGCUUUGAUGGUUCCAUACAACAAGUGGAGGAAGAGGUUGCCAUGUUUUGCCCUAUGAUAUGUCGAGAAAUAGUAAAAAAUGGAACAGGAUCGUCAAAAAAUCAUGCAAUUGCUCUCCCAGAGAGAGUUAACCCCGCAAGUUUGAGUUUGAUUCUUGAUUAUUGUCGGUUUCAUCAAGUCCCAGGGCGCUCAAACAAGGAGCGAAAAUCAUUCGAUGAAAAAUUUGUCAGAAUAGAUACAGAAAGACUGUGUGAGCUGACAUCUGCAGCUGAUAGUCUCCAAUUAAAGCCAUUGGUUGACCUUACCAGUCGAGCACUUGCUCGAAUAAUUGAAGGAAAGACACCUGAGGAAAUUCGUGAUAUUUUCCAUUUGCCAGAUGACUUAACAGAGGAAGAGAAAUUGGAACCCCUGAAAAAUAUAAAUGAUGACCCUAGGAUUCGUUUGUUGAAUCGAUUAUAUGCAAAGAAGCGGAAAGAACUACAGGAGCGCCAGAAACUAAAGGAUGUUCAAGUACAAGAAGAGCAAAAAGAUGAGCGGUCACUUGAUGAAAUACUAUGUUUUAUAAAUGGGGAUGGAGGUUCUGGAGGUGGGAAAGCUUCUAAGAGUAAGAAAAAGAACAAGAGAAGGAAGGACCAUGCUAAGAAUCCCCCGAAAGCUAAUCCCGAACCUGUAAACAAGGAGGAAGCUGCUCGUGGAGUUUCAUUUGUGGGUAGUGGUAAUAUUUCUAGAACACCUUGCCAAAGCUCAAACGUGCAAGAUGAUGUUGAGUACCCCUUUGAGGAUGCUGAUCUUGAUGAUGGACUUGAUCCUGCAAUGCAGGAAGAACUUGACAGAGAAGUGGAGGACUUCGCAAGGAGGUUGAAUUCUGUUUGGCCUGAAAGAAUGCAUCUAGGCCAAGAAAGAAGGAUCGAGUCACAUAUGAUUGGUGGCAAUGGUUCUCUGCAAAGAUUUUCUGGGUUCAAUCACAGGUGAGAAUGUCAAGAGCCAAGAUCAACAGGCAGAAGCACAGGAAAUUUGUGCACAUACAGCUUCAAAGAGAGCUAGAGACCGAACUGGCCACCUGUUACUGGAGUAACUGCUCGCCGAAAAGGCUUGAUAACUCGGCUCCCAGCUUGCAGACGAUGUAGAUUUGUUAGCCUUGGCCAUUUUCGGUGCAGGGGCCCCUCUAGUUGGGACGAUGAGGUAUAGCGAGGUUUAGAUCAAGAAACAGGGAAGUUUUCAGUCGUGUUAUUUCAUUGGAGCGUUGGAGGUCUGUUGACUCGGUUUUUUCUGCUGUGUUGCCAAUUUUCCUGAAUAGAGCGAGUGUGUUGAUGAUAGUUGCAACUGUGUAACCGAUGAUGAUAUGAGCUGUUGUGAAAGAAAUUCCGUUGAUCAA